AAGGCGCCGGCCGGCGGCCCCCGGCUCACUCGCGCUCCCGCCGCCGCCGCCCCGCCAUGGAGCGGUCGCAGCUGCGCGCCCUGCUCCUCGGCGCCGCCGGGCUGCUGCUCCUGCUGCUGCCCCUCUCCUCUUCCUCCUCUUCGGACGCCUGCGGCCCGUGCGAGCCGGCAGCCUGCCCGCCGCUGCCCCCGCGGGGCUGCCCGCUGGGCGAGACGCGCGACGCGUGCGGCUGCUGCCCGGUGUGCGCCCGCGGCGAGGGCGAGCCGUGCGGGGGCGGCGGCGCCGGCAGGGGGCACUGCGCGCCGGGCAUGGAGUGCGUGAAGAGCCGCAAGAGGCGGAAGGGUAAAGCCGGGGCAGCAGCCGGCGGCCCGGGGGUGAGCGGCGUGUGCGUGUGCAAGAGCCGCUACCCGGUGUGCGGCAGCGACGGCAUCACCUACCCCAGCGGGUGCCAGCUGCGCGCCGCCAGCCUGCGGGCCGAGAGCCGCGGGGAGAAGGCCGUCACCCAGGUCAGCAAGGGCACCUGCGAGCAAGGUCCUUCCAUCGUGACACCCCCCAAGGACAUCUGGAAUGUCACUGGCGCCCAGGUGUACUUGAGCUGUGAGGUCAUCGGAAUCCCAACCCCUGUCCUCAUCUGGAACAAGGUAAAAAGGGGUCACUAUGGAGUUCAAAGGACAGAACUCUUGCCUGGUGACCGGGACAACCUGGCCAUUCAAACCCGGGGUGGCCCUGAAAAGCAUGAAGUAACUGGCUGGGUGCUGGUAUCUCCUCUCAGUAAGGAAGAUGCUGGAGAGUAUGAGUGCCAUGCCUCCAAUUCCCAAGGGCAGGCUUCAGCAUCAGCAAAAAUUACAGUGGUUGAUGCCUUACAUGAAAUACCAGUGAAAAAAGGUGAAGGUGCCGAGCUAUAAACCUGCAGAAUAUAUUCGUCUGCACAGCUAAAAGUAGUCAUGAAUAACUACAACCCCUGUUCUUGCCUAAUAACCAGCUUCUUUUCAUCCAAUCCAUUAACACUUUACUUAGAGUCACUGGUUUCACAUAGUGAAAUACACAAUAAAGAUAAUACAUCACAACUAUCUACAAAAAUUUAUUGUCUAUUUACAGAAGAAAAGCAUGUGUAUCAUUAAACGAAACAAAUAAAAUGCUUUUUCUCACAA